GGCAGGGCUCCAAGAAGAUCCAACCAAUUGUAACUGGGAAUUACCUAAAAGAGGCAAAAAGACUCACUUCCUCUUGAAGUGAAUGAACGCCACUUCUUUAGGGGAAAGGUUGCUGCUCAGCAAACAGCUCUAAAAUGAAGGCUCCCCAGAGCUUUGAGGAACAAACCGAGUGCAUUGUGGAAUCACUGCUCUUUGAAUUCUUGGGCCCACCACUGACAAGACAAGGCCGCAGCUUCCAUCAUGAUUAUGUCCUAUGCAAGUUUCAAGGACCCAGCUUUCAUAAUGAUGAUGUCCCUGGUUUUGGUGAGCCAAGCUCUUUUGAUGUGACAAUCAUUGCUGCUCGUCUUAGAAUGCUAGGUGAUCAGUUCAAUGGAGAAAUGGAACAAUCUGCCAACAGAGUCCUCGAAGAAGUUACUAAGGGACAGGUAGCUGCUGUAUUACGAGACACAGUGAAAUCACUCAGCCAGACGUGGUGUGCCCAAGAGCCUAGCCUAGCCUAUGAGAGGGCCUUUCUGGCUGUGUCUGUGAAGCUACUGGAGGUUGUCUCCCACAAAAUACCUCAGAGGGCCAGGCAGUUAGCUGGACCCAUGAGGGAUAUGAUCAAUGAGAACAUAGCUGUUCGACAGUAUAUUGAAGGGCAAGGUGGUUGGGAGAAUCUGAGACCAGCUCCCAAUUGACCAUUAUCUAGACCUUGACUGGCUGAUUGAACAUCCUCUGUUUAUUUUUAAAAAAAAGAAAAGAAAGAAAAAGUUCAUUUGUUCAAGAUUUCUGUGGGUAUGGAGCAGAUUCCUGAUACCCACUGGCAUUUUGCAAUCUUUGUUUUUACAUACAAAUAGACAAAAAUAGAUCUUCAAGACUGAAAGGAAGUAAUUCUUAAUAGAAGAAUUUCGGGCACUGUGCCAACUUGUCAGAGAGACUUUGGGGUAGGGGGAUUCUCAUAUCACACCCUACAGACAAAUAGCUAUUUAUGAAAUCAGCCCUGCCCCUUGAUGUGAGUUUGUACGCUAUUCCACUGAUUAUGCAUCCAAAAGAAUUUCUGGGAAAUCUAUGGGAUGGUACUGCCCCAUUUUAAAAAAUUAAUUUAGGGUUGGGACUUGUAAUUUCAUUGAUGUGUAGAACUCAAACUGUAACUCUGUCCUCCAUGUACUCUGUGAUCCAAUGAUACUCAUCUCCUUGCUUUUCCUUGAACAAAAUACUACGUCUCCUGCCUUCAUGUAUUUUCUUUUUUAAACUAAUUUUUCUUUUUUCCAAUUAAUCUGCCAUCAUUCCUUCUCUCUUCCACCUCCACUGGAAAAAAACAAAACAAAAACAAAAAACAAACCUACAAUAAAUACACAUAGCCAAGCAAAAUAUAUUUGCACAUUGGCCAUGCCCCCAAAUGAAUGUCUCACUCCACAUAUCUAGCCCAUUAUUUUUGUCAGGAGGUAGGUAGCAUUCUAAAUCACUGUUCCUCUAGAAUUGUGUUUGAUAUUUGUCAUUUAUUAAGUCUUUCAAAACUGUUCACUUUUACAAUAGUGUUUUCAUAGUAAAAUUUAUUUUACUAGUUCUGCUCAUUUCAUUCUGUGUAAGUUCAAAGUGAGGUACAAAUGACACCUGCUCUCCUUACUUUUUGGUUGUUUGUAUAGACUUUUACUUGUGCUGCCCCCCCUCCCCAAUUAUGGGAGAUAAUAAAUUUUCCUUUGUUGAAUGCA